GAUGGCCCAUUUCGGAGACGACGUGCCGGGCUUGCUGGGCUCCGUGGACGGCGGAUCGGAGCGCAACCGACACCGGGACGGAGCGGCGGUGUCCACCGGCGGCAUGUCGCCGGCGUUCAAACAGACCAAGGCGCAACGCGCCCGGACCAUGGCCCUGUACAACCCCAUCCCCGUCAGGCACAACUGUUUCACCGUCAACAGGUCCCUCUUCAUCUUCGGCAGGACAAACGUUGUCCGGAAAUACGCCAAGAAAAUCACCGAGUGGCCUCCAUUCGAGUACAUGAUCCUAGCCACCAUCAUCGCCAACUGUAUUGUCCUGGCUUUGGAGCAGCACCUGCCCGGGGAGGACAAAACACCCAUGUCGAAGAGACUGGAGAAGACAGAACCCUACUUCAUCGGGAUGUUCUGCUUCGAGGCGGGGAUAAAGAUCAUCGCCCUGGGGUUUGUUUUCCAUAAAGGCUCCUACCUCAGAAAUGGGUGGAACGUCAUGGACUUCAUCGUGGUCCUCAGUGGGAUCCUGGCCACAGCAGGGGCCCAUAUGAAUAUUCCUGUUGACCUGAGGACUCUGAGGGCAGUUCGAGUAUUAAGACCUCUCAAAUUGGUCUCAGGCAUCCCCAGCCUCCAGAUUGUGUUGAAGUCCAUCAUGAAGGCCAUGGUUCCUCUCCUGCAGAUCGGCCUGCUGCUCUUCUUUGCCAUCCUCAUGUUUGCCAUCAUCGGCCUGGAGUUCUACAGCGGCAGGCUGCACCAGACCUGCACACCCCUGCCUGGAAUACUAGAAAAUGAGACGAUUGACUCAACCGAGUCUGAGUUCCCGUGCGGUGUGCGUCAGUGUCCAGUGAAAUACACCUGCAGUGACACCUGGAUCGGCCCCAAUGAUGGCAUCACCCAGUUUGACAACAUCCUGUUUGCCGUGCUCACUGUCUUCCAGUGUAUCACCAUGGAGGGAUGGACAACUGUACUCUAUAAUACCAAUGAUGCCUUGGGCCCUACCUGGAACUGGCUCUACUUCAUUCCUCUCAUCAUCAUUGGCUCCUUCUUUGUCCUUAAUCUGGUGCUGGGAGUACUCUCAGGGGAGUUUGCCAAGGAGCGAGAAAGGGUGGAGAACCGCCGGGCCUUUAUGAAGCUGAGACGUCAGCAGCAGAUUGAGAGAGAGCUGAACGGCUAUCGAGCCUGGAUCGACAGAGCAGAGGAGGUGAUGCUGGCCGAAGAGAAUAAAAAUUCAGGUCCCUCUGCUCUUGAUGUGUUAAAGAGGGCCACCACCAUCAAGCGGAGAGGGAUGGAUGUGGUUCAUCGAGGGCCAUCCAUGGAGGAACAGUACGGAGACAUUUCCUCCGUGGGCAUACCAAUGGCCAGAACUAGUAUCAGGAGUGCAAAGCGAGGGCCCACUGCAUAUUUCCGUCGUAAGGAACGUUUGCUGCGUAUCUCCAUCCGGCGUAUGGUGAAGACGCACACUUUCUAUUGGACGGUGCUGGGCCUGGUGGCUCUAAAUACUAUUUGCGUGGCCAUCGUUCACCACAACCAGCCCUUCUGGCUAUCCAGCUUCCUCUACUAUGCAGAGUUCCUGUUCCUGGCUCUGUUUCUGACUGAGAUGUUUCUGAAGAUGUACAGCCUGGGACCACGCCUCUACUUCCACUCCUCAUUCAAUUGCUUCGAUUGCAGCGUAAUUGUGGGCAGCAUCUUUGAGGUGCUGUGGGGUUUCUUCAGGCCUGGAACCUCCUUUGGCAUCAGUGUCCUGCGUGCCCUCCGUCUUCUCAGGAUCUUCAAGAUCACCAAGUACUGGGCGUCUCUGAGGAACCUUGUCGUCUCGCUGAUGAAUUCCAUGAAGUCCAUUAUCUCCCUCAUCUUCCUGCUCUUCCUCUUCAUCGUCGUCUUCGCACUGCUUGGCAUGCAGCUCUUUGGUGGGAGGUUCAUCUUUGAGGACUACACCCCAACAAACUUCGACACCUUUCCUGCGGCCAUCAUGACAGUCUUUCAGAUCCUGACUGGAGAGGACUGGAACGAGGUGAUGUACAAUGGUAUCCGCUCUCAAGGAGGAGUCAAGUCUGGCAUGUGGUCCUCCAUCUACUUCAUAGUGCUCACCCUGUUUGGAAAUUACACACUGUUGAAUGUCUUCUUGGCCAUUGCUGUGGAUAACCUUGCCAAUGCACAAGAGCUGACCAAGGAUGAAGAGGAGGCUGAGGCAGCGUUUAACCAGAAGCAUGCUCUCCAAAAGGCUAAGGAAGUCGGCCCAAUGUCCUCCUUUAUGUCUUCAGAAGGCAGCCGCAGGAGGCGGCCCUACCUGUACAGGAAAAGAGCCAUUCAUCGCAGCCGGCCAGCCUACUCCUACUCCUUGGAGGAGGCCCAAGGCAGCAUCAGGGAGAGCUGCCCAGCCCCGCCUCUCAACCCCUCUAACUCUUUCAUGUCCAGGAGAGAGAGGAGAAGAAGGAUGACCAUGUCCGUGUGGGAGCAGAGAACCAGCCAGCUGCGGAGACAGCGCCAGAUGUCCAGUCGAGAGGUCCUUUUCAGUGGCCCCAGUGAGGAGAAGGCCCAGCCUGAACAGCCGCACCCACUCUCGCUGCGCAGCAAGGCCACCCAGCAACCUCCCUCAGGCAGCCUCAAGCACCUGGCAGACCCUCUGACCUCCUCAGAUGGUCACCAGGCCUCCAGCUCCUCUGUGCCUGUGGAUACCCCUCUGGAUGCUGCCGUUACUGGUGACAUACCUGAUCCUCCUUUGUCAGUGUUAGUGCCAGAGUCACUGGACCCGAUGGAUACGUCCAUUCCUGAGCCACCCGUGUCCACACCAGAACUUAGCGAGUCUGAGCCCCUCUCUGAAGGUGGAAAGCUGGGUAUUAGCCAGAGUCAUAACUCCCUCAAUGGACGACGGAGCCCCAGGCUGAAUGGUGAACGGCGACACAGGGCGGUAAAGAAGUUCAGACCGCCAAACAGCGGAGACACUCUGACCCUUGAGAUGGGUGCUCACGGCAGAGUCAAGGGCAGGAAGUUGCCUCGCCGCGACCCGCAGACUGGAGUCAGAGGUCAGGGAUCGUCUGGAAGCCGCUCGACCAGUCGCUCCAUCAGCAGGGAGAGGAGGAUAAAUGCCGAGGACCAGGAGGGCAAAACAGAAAAGGAGGAGGGAGAAACAUGUCAAGAAGAGAGCAGGUUAGACACAACUCCAAUAGUUCACAUGUGGAGUACUUUAAUACCCAGGAUUUUACACGAGUGCACUAACCAGUCCAAUAUUUGCUCAUGUAAAACCUCACCUCCUGAUAUCCCAGAGGGAAAUAAGGCAGAAAAAGAGACGGACCACACCACGGCCAUGUGUCUGGACUAUAAGUCUCAGCUUGGCUCCAGUGUUAUCAUAGAUGUGCCCAAUGUGCAGUCAUCUAUGGAGCUUUCCACCAUUACAGUUAAUAGUAAAGACCCAGAGGUGUGUAACUCGGAGAAGGAGGAAGUGGAGGAGACCAAGCCUGUCAACACUGUGACCCCAGACAGCAUGUUCCUCUUCAAACCUGACAACCCGGUGCGUCGAGCAUGUCACUAUGUGGUGAACCUCAGGUACUUUGAGAUGUCCAUCCUGCUGGUUAUAGCUGCCAGUAGCAUCGCCCUGGCUGCCGAGGACCCUGUGUCCACCUCAUCUGACUGGAACAAGGUUCUGCGGUAUUUUGAUUAUGUGUUCACUGGAGUCUUCACCUUUGAAAUGAUCAUAAAGAUGAUCGACCAGGGCCUCAUUCUGCAUGACGGCUCUUAUUUCAGAGACCUGUGGAACAUUCUGGAUUUCAUCGUCGUAAUUGGGGCGUUGGUCGCCUUCGCCCUAACCAAUGUGAUGGGGAACAACAAGGGACGGGACAUUAAAACUAUCAAGUCUCUGAGAGUCCUGCGUGUACUCAGACCUCUGAAGACCAUCAAAAGACUUCCUAAACUCAAGGCGGUGUUCGACUGCGUGGUAACCUCUUUGAAGAACGUCUUCAACAUCCUGAUUGUCUAUAAGCUCUUCAUGUUCAUCUUUGCGGUUAUUGCCGUUCAGCUCUUCAAGGGGAAGUUUUUCUACUGUACCGAUGGCUCAAAGGACACAGAGAAGGACUGCCAAGGAUACUACAUUGACUAUGGGAAGGAUAAGAAAGAGGUGAAGAGGAGAGACUGGAAGAGACACGAGUUUCACUACGACAACAUCAUCUGGGCCCUCCUCACUCUCUUCACGGUGUCUACUGGGGAGGGAUGGCCUCAGGUCUUGCAGCACUCUGUAGAUGUGACAGAGGAGGACAGAGGUCCCAGCCGCGGUAACAGGAUGGAGAUGUCCAUCUUCUAUGUCAUCUACUUUGUCGUCUUCCCCUUCUUCUUCGUCAAUAUCUUUGUGGCUCUCAUCAUCAUCACCUUCCAGGAACAGGGGGAUAAGAUGAUGGAGGAGUGCAGCCUAGAGAAGAACGAGAGGGCGUGCAUAGACUUCGCUAUCAGUGCCAAGCCUCUUACCCGCUACAUGCCACAGAACCGACACACGUUCCAGUACCGCCUGUGGCACUUUGUGGUUUCUCCCUCCUUUGAGUACUCGGUCCUGGCAAUGAUCGCUCUCAACACCAUCGUACUCAUGAUGAAGUAUUACUCUGCCCCGCCUGCAUAUGAGGCUGUACUGAAGCAUCUGAACACAGCCUUCACCGUUCUCUUUUCUGUCGAGUGUGUCCUCAAGAUCAUGGCCUUCGGCUUUCUGAAUUAUUUUCGAGACACGUGGAACAUUUUCGACUUCAUCACCGUGUUGGGCAGCAUCACUGAGAUCGUGGUGGACUUGCGGUCUAUUGAUACAUUCAACAUGAGCUUCCUCAAGCUGUUCCGUGCAGCCCGUCUCAUCAAACUGCUGAGACAAGGCUACACCAUCCGCAUCCUUCUCUGGACCUUCGUCCAGUCCUUUAAGGCCCUGCCCUAUGUCUGUCUGCUGAUUGCCAUGCUCUUCUUCAUCUAUGCCAUAAUUGGCAUGCAGGUGUUCGGGAACAUUAAAUUGAAUGAGGAGACUCACAUCAACCAGCACAACAACUUUAAGACUUUCUUUGGUGCUUUGAUGCUGCUCUUCAGGAGUGCUACAGGGGAGUCGUGGCAGGAGAUCAUGCUGUCAUGUUUGGGGGGACAGCAAUGUGAAAUGGACCCAUUACUCCAUCCUGCACUACAGACUUCCGACCAAGAGGGGGGCUGUGGCUCAGUCUUUGCCUAUUUCUACUUCGUCUCCUUUAUCUUCUUCAGCUCUUUCCUGAUGCUGAACUUGUUUGUGGCCGUGAUCAUGGACAACUUUGAGUAUCUGACGAGAGACUCCUCCAUCCUUGGGCCUCACCACCUCGACGAGUUUGUCCGAAUCUGGGGGGAGUAUGACCGCGCUGCCUGUGGUCGUAUCCAUUACACUGACAUGUAUGAGAUGUUGACCAACAUGUCGCCACCUCUAGGCCUCGGCAAGAAAUGCCCCUCCAAGGUGGCAUACAAGAGGCUGGUCUUAAUGAACAUGCCAGUGGAUGAGGGGAUGUCUGUCCACUUCACUUCCACCCUCAUGGCCCUCAUCCGCACUGCCCUGGAGGUCAAGAUAGCCCGAGGAGGGGAGGACAGAGGUCAGUUGGACAUUGAACUGCAGAAAGAGAUCAGUGUCAUCUGGCCUCACCUUUCUCAGAAGACACUGGACUUGCUGGUACCGAUACCCAAAGCCAGUGACAUGACAAUAGGGAAGAUCUAUGCUGCCAUGAUGAUCAUGGACUACUAUAAACAGAGCAAGGCCAAGAAGCUCCGACAGCAGCUGGAAGAACAGAAACAUGCUCCCAUGUUCCAGCGAAUGGAUGCCUCCUCUCUGCCUCAAGACAUCCUGUGCAGUGCCAAAGCGCUGACCUUCCUCUCACACACUGCCGGAUCUGCUCUCACCAGAGGAGGCUUUGUGGCUCUCAGUCCAAUCUCUCCUCAGGAUGUGUUCCUGCAGCCACUGGCUCACACCAUGAAAGAGGAGGAGGAAGACUACCACCUCCCCUACCACCACUUCCACCAGCCGCAUCACCACAACCUACACACACUGGUACCAGAGGUGGUGGAGUAUAACAGAGUGAUGUGCCAAGCUGCCAGACAGGACCCUGCUAUUGACAGAUCUCCUGGGAGGACGGCGUCUAUCAGAGCAUCCUCUAUGCCCAGACUUGCGGUUGAUGUACAGUGUGGGACAACAGCAGAGGAGAGGAAGCUGAUGAAGCGUUCCUUCUCCACCAUUGGAGACCAGUGUGUGAACGGCCUGUGGCAGGAGCAGCAUUCUUUAGAGAAAAUCAGUCCUGACCACACGUACAGGCCUCGACAGAGGAACUACAGAGGUCAGUUUUUCUUACAGUAAAAUCCAUUGGGUGAAGAGAGGGGGCGGUCUAAGGAACGGCGCCACCUGUUGUCUCCUGAUGUUUCCCGAUGCAACUCUGAGGAACGUAGCCAGGACCAAUCACGAGAGAGGAAACAAUCCCGCUCACCCAGUGAGGGACGCACACAUGCCUUACAGAGACAGAUCAACACAUCAGGUAGCCCAGCCCAUUCAGCCUCAGAGUCGGGAACACCACGUGGUCGGCGCCAGCUUCCCCAGACACCCUCUCGCCCGAGACCUCUCAUCUCCUACUCUCCCCUGGUCUGCCAAGCCCACCCUUCUCUCCCACCAGCAACCUCCUCUGAGGGCCAGACGCAGCCUCAGGAUGGGCCUGGGGACUCAAUAGACACACCGUGGAGGGCUGAGAGGGAGGGGGGUGCGCUGGCUGCAUGUCAGGGGUUAGCUGGAGGUCAGAGUUCAGGAGUCAGCCACUCAUCUCCGCACCGCUACAUCUCAGAGCCAUACCUCCCAUUCCACGAGGACCUGCAAACUGGCAAGGCAGGCGAGCGACAGGAGACCCUUACCUUUGAGGCUGCCAUGGUAACCAGCCUGGGGCGGGCCAACGCCAUAAGCUCCGCCCCUCAGCUCAGACACUCCUGGCAGGUUCCUAACGGGCAUUUCCGCAAGCACUUGGGCCCGGCUAGUCCCGUUGGUGCCAACGAGCUACUGAGUGACACAGAUGAGGAUGACCAUUGCUAG